AGAAGAGAAUCGGAAUUUUUCUGCCUGCGAAAUCAUCCCAGGAAGUCAAUAAAUCGGUUUCGUUGUUUUAUUUUGUUUCUCUGGGGCUGGAAAAUUAUUUGAAACUCACUUGCCACAUCUGGAUGCUGCAGAAGCAUGUCCAGCUCCUCUUUGGCCACGACCAGUCUCAAUUUAUCACUACUAUCAAUUAUAAAUAUUAUCCCCUGACAGUCCUUGUAGUAGUGCUCCCAGAGGGAUCGAUAUCUGUCGUGUCCAGACAUGUCGAAUGCUGUAAAGUGGACGUUUUUAACUGAAAACAGAGAAUAAAUAGCUUGCAAUAUUUUCAAAUCGAAGUGUAAGUGGAUUUUUUGGUGUUUCGUCCAAUGGGAGAGUUGGGGCAGUGAUUAGAGAGGGGGGAGUCAGCUGUCAGCUGUGUUUUUGGCGGGACGUACACUUCUCGCUCAUAAUUCAAGCCUUCAUCGCGUGAAAAACUAGACUAACUCGUAAUUAUGGUGAAGAAAAGGGAUUCGGGGAAGAAGAGGAAGAGUGAGGAGACGGGAGCCCGUGAUGACGAGGAUGACUCCCUCAGCAAUGAGAAACGAAUUCUGAAGGGUCAAAUAACCGACUUGGAGGAUUUAAUAUCCGAAAUCGAAUUUUCCCUCAACCUAACGAAAUUCGGGGACAUUGAGAAUCUCGAGGUUUUGAAUCCUCCAGCAGUGGAUCAGCGGAGAUCCUACAAAUUGAAGAACCUGGACUACAUCCUCCAGCACGAAUUGUAUAAAUUCUCCGGGCUGUACUGUACGAAAUUCACGAAGCACGAGUACAUAUUCAACUUCUCGCCCUUCUCGAGUACUAAAAGUGAUUCGUUGUACACAGUACAAUUCUUCACUGACUCUGGAAAGGGCACGAUGGGGAGAUACAUAAUGCCCUCGAGUGGAAUGAUGGAGAACAUUCUGGCUGACAGUCCCAUCGACAAUGUGACAGGUCUCAUCCUCUUCUUCAGGAACUGCAAACGACAUCUGGACUGCUACGUGGACAGGAAGGAGCAGUACGAGGAGCUGAGGGAGCUGACAUCGACAAUCAAGAACUUCAGAGUGGACUCCGACACGACCCACGUCCUGAUCACCUGCAGCUUCCUCCAGGUGUACCGAAAAAAAUCGGACAGUCUCAUCGACAUGACAGUUUAUUUGUCCUACGAUUACGGAAAAGCCAGGCCCAGUACUGUGAACGUCGACUGGAGCAUGAAGAAGAGACCUAGUGAAGAGGACACGAAGGGGAUGAGGUCCUUCAUGAAGAUUUUCAAGACUCUGCGGUUAGUUGAGUCCUACCAGCACGUCGAGAACUCCAGCCACAACGUCUUCUCGUGGGAACCCACUGACGUCGAAGCAGGCGAGAUUUUGGAUCUGAAUGAUGAGCCUGACGAGUCUGAGGAGGAAGUCUGCAGACCCAGACGUCAGAGGGGAGCUGCAAGAAAACGACGACGAUCACCCACUCCAGAAGUGAAUGAAGCAAGUGGAGGAGAUAACUCGCAAGAGCCAGAGGAGCUUCAUGAAGAGGAGAAGAAGCCUGCGAAGAAGAAGAGGAGACGGAAACCAAAGCCGAAGGUUCAAGAGGCAAGUGAAGAGCCUACGGAGGACAGCCGACAAGAACCAGAAAAGUCUCCUGAAAAGGUGGAGAAGAAGCCAGUGAAGAAGAAGAGGGGACGAAAACCAAAGCCGAAGACUCAAGAGGCAAGUGAAAAGCCAGCAGAAGAGGACAGCCCACAAGCACCAGAAAAAUCUCCUGAAAAGGUGCAGAAGAAGCCAGUGAAGAAGAAGAGGGAGCCAAAAGCAAAAGCAAAACCAGUGGUUCAGCAGAAGGAGGAGAGACAGACACAAAAGAAAUCCCCAGAACCCUUCAAGAAGCCUAGAACGAGACAGAGCCUCUUGAACUUUUCACGACAGCCAAAAGACCCUGAGAACACCACUCCAACUGAUAAGGAGCACACCUCGAGGACAGUAUCUAGUACUCCGAUGCCCAAAACCAGAGGCAAACCGCGUAUGAAUACUCCAGGAGACAUCAGUCCCAUCGUCCUCCAAAGAUAAAGAAAUAGCUCUAAUCGACAUUUAAUGAAGAAAUAUCUUUGAAUUAAACGAGUGAUGAACUCAGACUGACUGAAUUAAAAUUGUCGUUUGUUCUCGAUUAGAAGCUGACUUUGCCACGGACUUUGAAGAAUCCCAAGGAAUUCCUGUUGUGGAUAAGUGCUCCCAGGCCCAGGUAGUUUUCCACUAUGAGGGGCUGAUUCAUGAAGCUACAGGAGUCUGAGAGAACUGUUGUUAGGGCUGAGUGGAGGGCGUCGGCGUCGAAUCUUGAUAUUUCUUCGUUUGACCCUGAAUUAGAGAAUAGGACAAAGUAAAAAAAUCAAUAGUGUAAUUAAUUCUGGAAAAAAAUUGUUCAAGUAACUUUCAAGUGAACUAUAUAAAAGCUUGUAAUUUAAAAAUAAAAUUUUUGUAUUUCUCGUUCAGGAAAUUCCUAGUUUUUGAU